UCCAAGAUGACACUUCAUUUUUAAACAAAUAAAAAUGGCUGCCACCGCAGUGCAACAAACAAACGUAACUGAUUAUCUUUCGAAAAAACAGAAAGAGAGCCCCAAAGACCUUGCCACAGAAUGGGCCGAAAUCGAGGAACUGCACAACAAAAAAUUAUGGCAUCAACUGACCUUAAAACUCCUCAAAUUCAUCAAAAAACCCGAACUCCAGAAGGGCGAUAAUCUUGUUCAACUCUACAACAACUUUAUCCAAACUUUUGAGAACAAGAUAAAUCCUUUGUCUUUGGUCGAAAUCGCGGCUGUUGUUGUUGAACAGCUCAAAGAUCCCAAAGAGGCGAUUAGCUUCUUGGAAAAGACCGAAACUAAGGUCAAGAUAAAUCCCGACGCUCAGAAUUUGUGCAAAGUCUUGGCGGGGCAAAUCCAACUCGACAAAUUGAACGAUUUAGACGCAACCAAGAAAGUGAUUGAGGAAGUUGAAGCGACUUUAGAUAACGCAGAUGGUGUCACAGCCGUCCAUGGCCGGUUUUAUCUCCUAGCGUCGCAAUACUACAGAAUUCAAGGCGACCACGCCCAGUACUACCGCACGGCGUUACGAUACUUAGGCUGCAUUGAUCUAGACACCCUCACUGAUGAGGUCAAGCACCAACAUGCAUUUUUCCUCGGCUUGGCAGCCCUCUUGGGUGAAGGGGUCUACAACUUAGGCGAAUUAUUAGCUCACCCUGUAUUAGAGUCACUCAAAUCCACCGAAACUGGCUGGCUUGUUGAGCUUUUGUUCGCUUUUAAUGCCGGUGAUAUUAAUAAAUAUGAACAGAUGAGGUCACAUUGGGGGGCUAUUGCCGAUUUGGCCGCUCAGGAGUUGUUCUUGAGACAGAAAAUUUCACUUUUGUGUCUCAUGGAGAUGACAUUUAAAAGGCCUUCACAUAAUAGACAGUUGACGUUUAAUGAAAUUGCAAAAGAGACUAAACUGCCGGUCAAUGAAGUCGAGGUUUUAGUUAUGAAAGCCCUGUCGCAAGGUUUGGUCAAAGGUGCUAUUGAUCAGGUUGCAGGCACCGUUAACAUGACCUGGGUGCAACCUAGGGUGCUGGACCGUUCUCAGAUCUCCUCAAUGAUCGAAAGGCUUAACGAGUGGUGCAUUCACGUCAAUAGCAUGGAACAACUAUUAGAAGAAAAAGCAAACGAAAUAUUAACUUUGUAAUAACAAUUUUUUUUCAAAUAAAAAAUAUCUGUAACAAA